CUUCUUGAGGCUUUAGCACGUUCUACCCUCUUAUCUUUAGAUACUGUGGACCCAUGCAAGCAGCCGAUUGAGGCGGGCGAUUGUAUCGGCUUCUUCCCCAGAUGGGGCAUGAAUCAGGAGACCGGUCAAUGUGAAGAAUUCAUCUUUGGUGGUUGCGGUGGGAAUGACAAUCAGUUCGACACAAAGGAGAAAUGUGAAGCCUUCUGCAUACGUGGGGAGCCCAAUGGCGAAACCACUGACUCUUCGAGCCUCCCGAUUUGCACCCUAUGCCAUCCCCAGGAGAGGUUUACGACAGCUGUACUAUAA